UGGAGCUUCAUCGGUGCAUGUUCAUAUUUCAGUUGCGAGCUUGCCCAACAGCACACCUAUCGCAGACUGCAGAGUUUCUGUGUGGCAGACUGGAAUAUCAAUCUAGCGACCCUGCAAUUCUGUUCGCACAUCAUGCGCUUCUCAAACAUCUUCGGUGUCGUCGUCCUGGGUCUGGCUUCGACGUCACAAGCCGCCAAAUCAUGGAGUUUCGAGGACGCGACAGUGGCUGUUGCCGCCAAAGGCGCUGCGGAACCUUCGAAACAAAAGCUCACUCCAGGCUUGCCGUUCACAUCCUCCGCCAUCACUCUGUCGCCAGCAAGCAAUCUCAAAGUAGCCCUGACCACCACUGAAGGCAGCACGGGCAAGAAGGCUCAUCAGGCCUUCCUGACUUUAAGAGAAGUUGAUACUGGUCUCGAAGAGUCUUUCGCAUUCAGCGUGAAGGAAAGCGGCAAGGGAAAGGUGGAUCUGGCCCACAAGGACCUACCCAUUCAGUUCCUCACCAGCGCGAAGCCGCUCAGGGCAUCGAUCGUCAUUGCCUCAUUCGGCUCUUCUGUUCCAUACAACGAGCUCGCCUUCACGUUGAAGGUUGAGAAUGAUGCAAAGACACCACCUACCGCGGCCACACCCCCGGAACGUUACACGAGCAAGCCAGAGAUCCACCACAAAUUCCGUGACGAUCCUCGCUCGCCUCCCACCAUCAUCAGCGCCGUUUUUGCUCUGGCCAUCCUUGCUACCAUCCCAGCACUGCUGGGUGCAUGGGGUCUCCUGGGCGGAAACCUCGGCCACGCGGGCAAGGCGUUUGGCGCAAGCCCCAUUGCCCACAGUCUCUUCUUCGGCAGCAUUCUGGCCAUGGAGGGUGUCUUCUUCAUGUACUAUGCCAGUUGGAAUCUGUUCCAAACCUUGCCGGUCGCUGGCGUUGUGGGUGUGGUCGCCUAUGUCAGUGGUAGUCGGGCCUUGACGGAGGUGCAAGACAGACGCCUCGCUGGUGAGAGGUGAACGAGCAGAUUCGACAAGAUCGUUGUCUACACUUUAUUGUACAGCUAUUCGUAGAGCUCGAGCAAAGUCCUCGCUCUGUCAAUAAAACUAGAAAACCACUAAUGAAUCCAUGACAUCCUCAUGGGGUGCGAUCCUUCCAGAGAGCAAUUUCCUUGCCCUAUCCUCCUCAAAAAAUCAUACUGUAAAUCAAGCCAAUUCAAACAAGAGCUAUAAUAGAAGAAUGACACACAUCGGAUCC